AUGUAUUUUCAAAAUGAAGGAUGUACCCCAGCAUCAUUUCUAGCUAAUCAUGAUAGUCCCGAUUUUGGUGUCGGUCUUUUGCCAUCCAUACUGUUACAUUCAUUACCAGAACAAAUAACUCGUACAGCAUUUGGUAAUAUAUCAGCUGAUGAACUAAAACAUUUACGUAGUGAAGUUUCUGACAAUUUGAUUUAUUCCUAG